AUGCCUGCGUCUUUAGAGCCUACGCAUAAAACUAUUGAGUCACACCCAUUACACCUGCCUCUCAAUGAACGAAUAAUCGCCUCCAUGUCUAGGAGGACUGUUGCGGCUCAUCCCUGGCACGAUCUCGAGAUUGGUAACUCAUUUCAUCACCUCUCCUUAUGUCUUUUACGUCCUUGCACCUUUUUUAAUAAUGUUGCUCAGAGAUGGAAGGUUCUUAUUCAAAAGCAAUGUUACUAUAAUUUAUUUUUCACGUUUUUUAUUUGUAUUUUCUGUGGAUGCAGGACCUGAAGCACCUAUCAUUUUCAACUGUGUAAGGAUGAUUAACUCUUUGUUUUGAAAUCAAAUAUCAAUAUACUUCGGUCCAUUGCAGUGAAAUCAGCAUAUAAUAACAAGUUGAACUCAUUUCAUCUUGUUUUAAUGGUUAUAAUAAUUUAUUUAUUUAGAUAUUAUUCUUUCUCUUCAUAGUCGAAGGUAACCAGCAUCAUCAUGCGACCUUCCACGAGAAUCUUAGGCAUCAAUGUGCUUUCGUCCAAAUCACCGCAGAUCUGUCGAUAUGCUUUAGUUACGUCUUCAGCAUGUCAUUAUGCAAUAUGCAAGCUGGGUUUCCAUGUUUUUCAAAUGUAUUGAUGCAGGUGGUGGAAAUAGGCAAGGGCAGUAAAGUCAAAUACGAGCUUGACAAAAAAACCGGCCUAAUAAAGGUAAUUUGACUUCCGUCCUUUGUCUUCCUAUAUUGGGUUUGUUUAUAUGUGUCCCCGUCAACAAUGCCAACGCCUGUCGAUCAUUUAAUCUUCUCAUUUUUCACAGGUGGACCGGAUACUCUACUCCUCAGUUGUGUACCCUCAUAACUACGGAUUCAUUCCACGCACUCUCUGUGAGGACAGUGAUCCCAUGGACGUUCUGAUUCUGAUGCAGGUAUUUCCGACAAACUAUUCGUUGUGGGUUUAUCUCCAUUAUCUAUUAGUCAGGCUUGUCGGUUUCUAUAUUCCGUCUGUUGCCGCCGGCAUUAACGUUUGGGCUCGUCCAAUGACAGGAACCGGUGCUUCCGGGCUGUUUCCUUCGGGCCAGGGCCAUCGGGCUUAUGCCUAUGAUUGACCAGGUACGCCAAUUCGGGAAAAGAAAAAAAAUAUGAAUUUCAUCGCCUAACAUGGUGGCGUGCGCUCCUUCAUUCAUAGGGUGAGAAAGACGACAAGAUCAUUGCCGUGUGCGCCGAUGAUCCCGAGUAUCGCCACUACACCGAUAUCAAGGAGCUUCCACCUCACCGUCUUGCAGAGAUCAGGCGCUUUUUCGAGGACUGUAUCCUUUCAUAACUGCUGCAAGCUAUCUUUGACUAAUAAGUUGACUUGGGUAAUUAAUUACAUUUUUUUUUACUAUAUUUAUAAGUCAGGGGCCAUCCGAUUCCUUGGUUAUGUUGUAAUGUUUUCCUUAGUGGACGUUAUUUAGACAAGAAGAACGAAAACAAGGAAGUGGCUGUGAAUGAUUUCCUGCCAUCAGAGGAUGCCUACGAGGCUAUAGAGUAUUCGAUGUGAGUGGUCGCUCUCUCCCCUCUCACGUCCUAUUUUUGCUGAUUUUUUUUUUUUAAUUAUUCCCCCCCUUCCCACCCCAAUGAAUGCUUUCUCCUUUUUGAAGAGCCUCAUUCCCCUUAUUUAUUUAUUUAUCCAUUUCGAUUCCAGUGGCUUCCACUGGGAUUGUGAGAAAGCCACGUGUCAGUGAAAAUACCAAUCAACCCCCUGCAUUUUGUUCUUUUCUUAUUUUUCCCUCUUUUUUUUUUUUUUAAUCUCCAAGGAAUCUCUACGCAAGCUAUAUUGUUGAGAGCCUGAGGCGGUAG